GAGAAGUGGGCGUGUGUAGAACUGCGUGAGUGUUGUGUUUAAAUGCGUUAUAAAGCCCAGCUUUCAGUGUGGAAUCGCACAUGUUACAAACGUUUACCAACUCCAACUAACUGGAAGCGGAGCUGCUGGAGAACAGAAUGUCAGGAUCCAGGAUGUCAGUCAGAGACAGUUCAGCCGUCGGUCGCUUCCACCGUGCUGCCGCCAGUAACGGACAAGCGAUCCCUGAGAAGGAAGUGGUUACUACGGAAACGAAGGAGGAGGGAGGUUGUCGUCGCUGGUUACGAAAAGCUUGCCCCUGUUGCUUUCGUCGUCAGAGCCACUCUUAUAAUGUUACAAAUGAUCAAGACACUCCGAUCUUAGAUGAUGCGAAAGUGACACCGAUCCCCGAGCCUCCUCAACCUUACACAGAAGACAACGAAAUGGAGGACUUAUCUCUGGUUGUACGCUCCGUGGAUCUGCUCAGCUCAAAGACCGACCAGAACCGUAGGGAACACCACACCGAGAACUACCACAGCGACGAGCUCAUCAUCCGCCGAGGCCAGACCUUUCAGAUUAUGCUCGACCUCUCGCGCCCUUUCAACAUCAACACUGACAAGCUGCAUCUGGAGCUGAAGACCGGCUUGCUGCCGCUGGUGUCAAAGGGCACGCACAUCAUCAUUCCUGUCAAGGAAGAGCUGCAGGACCUGUGCUGGGAAGCCAAGGUGGUGGAGCAGAAUGCCAGUCGUAUCAAACUGUCAAUCAACUCACCCCCCAAUGCUGUCAUCGGAAAAUACAAGCUCACGGUCAGCACCCGGAGUACAGGAAGUGAGUCUGUUACCACGCAUGACCCCGAGAAAGACAUCUACAUGCUCUUCAACCCCUGGUGUAAAGUGGACACGGUGUAUAUGGAAGGAGAUGCUGAGAAAAACGAGUACGUGUUGAACGACACUGGGAAAAUUUACUACGGCACCCAGAAACAGAUCGGCGCUCGCACGUGGAACUAUGGACAGUUUCAGGAAGGAAUUCUGGAGGCCUGUUUGUAUCUGCUGGAGAAGAGCGAAGUUCGUCCAUCAGGAUGUGGAGAUUCUGUGAACGUGGUGCGAGUCAUAUCUGCUAUGAUCAAUGCCCCAGAUGACUGUGGAGUUCUGGAAGGAAACUGGUCAGGGAACUAUCAGGGUGGGACGUCUCCAUCGGCAUGGAGCGGCAGUGUUGACAUUCUCAAGAAGUAUCACAAGAAUGAAGGAGUUCCUGUCAAAUACGGCCAAUGCUGGGUGUUCUCCGGGGUCACCACCACAGUUCUGAGGUGUCUCGGUAUCCCAGCACGGAGCGUAACGAAUUUUCAGUCUGCCCACGACACUGAUGUUUCCUUGACCACUGAUGUGUAUUUUGACGAGAAUAUGGAGCCCAUUAACAAACUCAACUCUGAUUCCGUGUGGAACUUCCAUGUGUGGAACGACUGCUGGAUGGCUCGUCCUGAUUUGCCGCCCGGUAUGGGGGGCUGGCAGGCUGUUGACUCGACCCCCCAGGAAACCAGUCAGGGGAUGUUUCGCUGUGGCCCCGCCUCUCUCAUGGCCAUCCGCACAGGCCAGGUCUACUUGAAGCACGACACACCUUUUGUCUUUGCUGAGGUAAACAGCGAUAAGAUCUACUGGCAGAAGAACCUAGACGGCAAUUUCUCAAAGAUCCACAUAGAGAAAAAUGCCGUAGGACACUGUAUUAGCACCAAGGCUGUUGGCUCCGACCAGCGUUCUGACAUCACACACCUGUACAAACAUCCUGAAGGCUCUGAAGAAGAGCGUAUCGCCGUAGAGACCGCCUGUCGCUAUGGCACCAAGCCAGACCUGUAUGAGUCGGGAGCGACGGACGACGUGUGCAUGGAGGUGUGUGUAGAAGGCGAGGGGCCACGCAUGGGCACUGAUGCCCACCUCAAGGUCGUCCUGAAGAACCAGAGCCAGCAGCCGCGCCAGACCACACUGCACAGCCAGGUGGCCGUGAUGUACUACACAGGCGUGCUGAAGGACACGGUGAAGACUGAGAAACUUCCUGUGUAUCUCAAGCCAAAUGAAGAGAAAGUUGUAGACUGGGUGCUGCCCUAUCAUCAGUAUCAGGACCAGUUGGUGGACCAGGCAGCGCUGAUGCUCACUCUCUCAGGUCGCGUUAAUGAAACCAAUCAGGUGCUGGCUUCUCAGACCAGCUUCAGGCUGCGCACUCCAGACAUCCAUGUGGAGCCUAUCGGAGAGGCUUUCGUAGGGAAGGAGGCCACGGCCAAGCUGACGUUCACCAACCCGUUACCGUGCUCGCUGCGCAAUGUAGUACUGCGCGUUGAAGGUCUCGGACUUAGGAAUCUCCAUCCCAUCAAAGUGGGCGAUGUGAGUAAGCAUGCCACGGUGACGGUGACGGAGCACUUCAUCCCCUCUGUCGCUGGGACGAGGAAGCUGGUGGCUUCUCUGGACUGUAAACAGCUUUCGCAGGUGCACGGCGUCGCAGACAUCACCGUACACGAGUGAGAAAGCUCACUGUCGUCUGUGAGAAAGCUCACUGGCGCUCUCUUUUGUACACCAUACACUGUAGUGUCCAUGUGAGUAUAAAUCAAGUAUUACAUGUACUGCUUGUGAAGAACCGAUCUGAAUUCAAUCGAAACAUGAGCCUAAUAUUAAUACUCAUCAGAUCAGUUUUGUAUUAUUUUCUUCCCUUUAGGUUUUAGUGAGCCAUGUUAGACUAGUAGUACUGAGGCUGUGCUGCUGCUGGAUCUAGAAUUCAUUUCACGUUACUGAUCUGACCUCUAUUCGCUUGAUUAUUAUGAAGAACAUAAGAGUUUAUAUAUUUUUUAAAUGCAUGCUUAGAAACUAAUGACAGUUAACACACGUUUCGACUAAUUAUAUAUAUA